AUGAAUAAUUAAUUUUUACCUGAUGAUGAUGAUCCUUAACUCAAAGAAGAAAGAAAGAAUUUGUACAAGAUAUUUGGAAAAGAAACUUCAUUAGGAAAGGAACUGUUUGGAUUGUAUAAUGCCCAUGAAAAACCAAAAAUCAAUUAUCCUAAACCAAAAUAAAAAACACAAGAGUAGUUAGAUUCUGAAAAGGUUAAAACUCAGAAGACCUGUCCAUAAAAAACUAUUAUUGAAUAUCCAAAGGAAGAACCUAAACAACAAUAAAAAUAUUUUCCCAUUGAUUUUAUUCAAAAAAGAAAACCAGAAGCUGAAAUCAGAAAAGAGAUUGAAAAAUAUUAUGAAGGCAGAAAAUUUUUCAGACCUGCUGUUUAAGGAUAAGAUAGAAAAAAAUUGAUUGAAUAGUUAUAAAGAGUAUUUAAAUAUAAAAGAGGAGCAUUACCUAAAGGUGCAGAACUACCGGAAAUUAAUAUUAAAAAUGAUAAUGCUUUCUUAAAAGAUUCUGAAACUACAUCUAAUGCUAUUAAGAAAAUGCAUAAAAAAGACUUAUAUUUUACAGGACUAAAAUCUGACAAUUAAUCUGAUGCAACUACUUUAUAAGGAGAUCCUUAAAUUGAAUUAGAAGNUUUAAUGAAUUCAACUUUUGUCUUUUCAUACAAUUUUUAAGAAUUUAAGAAUAAUAGCAUAAUUCUAUAAAAAAGUCAACCAAAACAUAAUAGCCUAAGAGAUAUGUAGUUUAUCCAAAACCUAAAAAAUAUAAUUGAAUAUAUUAUAAGUAGGAAUCCAGGAGUAAAACUCAUAAUUUUUGGCAAUGAGGCUGCACAUAAAACUUCUCUUUUAAUUUAUUAUUCAUUCUUUCAACUACAGUUAUUGACAUAUUAUCCUGGAAUGAUCAAUUAGAAAUGUGCAAACAUUUUAUCCUCAGAUAAACUACUCUCCAUUCAAACCUUAUCAAGUUUAUUAUCUGCAUUAUUAAUUGUCAUACAAACAGCAUAAGUAUCAAUAACACUUAAAAUAAGAUUCACAGAUCCACCUGUAAAAUCUUUUAUAUAUUGA